GAAGGAGGAUCCAGACAUGGGGAAAUGAGCCAGGAUGUCUUUACAGCGAGCCCUUGUGCUGUGUGUCGUGUGGUGUAGGAGUGCUUCAUGCAAACACUGGAGCUGACUUGUGUGUAGGUGUAAAUAUAACAACAAGCUGCAUGUUAGAACCUAACCUGUCUACUGGAUCGGAUCUGAUCAAGCAGGAAUCGGCCCUGACACGACUGGAGCUCAUUAAAUAAGCCCGGGAUUUAGAAAGUGAUAAAUUCAUUGGGUGACACUGUGGUAGACUUAAACUGAAACCGAAAAAACCACAUUCUCGGAAUAGCGCUGAAAUGUCAGACUGCGGCUGAGGCGUGUGUGUGUGUGUGUGUUCGGAAGAGUCUAGUUAGUUUCUUCUCCUUCUCGGCACUUGUUGUUUGGACUCUGCUGCGAUGGAAACCACUGAAGAGGGCAAGAAGUUGGACGCGUGUUUUGAGAAGAGCGUUUCAGCUCUCACUGUGGACGACGUGUACGACAUCGCCAAGCUCAUCGGCUCCGACGUGGAAAAGCUGAUCGACAGUUUUGGCAAAACAAGUGUCGAGAGUUUGGUGCCUAAAAUAGUGAAAGUGCUGGAGCUCCUGGAGAGAUUCACCGUCGGCUACCACACACACAUCUCGAAAGAGGAGAAUCUGCUGAGGGCGCUGGAAACACUACAGGUUCAACAGCACGACUCGAACAAGACGGACACUCGGCAGGAAUGGCAGCUAAAGGAGCAGAAAUGCAGGCUGGAGAAGGAGGAGUUGCAGAAGGAGCUGCAGCAGCUACAGGAGGAGAACCAAGAACUCCUGGGUCGCCUGCAGAGCUCGCUCUCUAAAGAAGACCGUACACAGCGUCAGGAGAGAGAGGUGAUGCUCAAACUUAAAGAGGUGGUGGAUAAACAGCGUGACGAGCUCAGAGCCAAAGUGCAGGAGAUAUCCAAGAUGUCUAAAGAGGUGGAAGCGCUUCAGGAGCAGUUGGAUCGCUUUAUGAAGAUGAAUGGAGAGCUGAGGAAUAAACAGGGCAUGAUGCAAACUCAGCUGAAGAGCAUCGCAGAGAGGAAGGUGGACCUCGAGGAAGACCUGGCGGAAAAACAGAAAGAGAUACAGCGACUCGUCAUGCAGCUGGAGCAGGCCAAGGCAAACACUACUCCUGUAAACACGAACAGCCCACCUCUUGACAUGACUUAUAAGGUGAUCAUUGACCUGCGGGACCCGAACAGGCCGUGUUUCACCAAACAGGAAGUACGAGACAUUUUGUUUGAGAGGAAUGAGCUAAAGGCCAAUCUCUUCCUGGUUCAAGAAGAACUCGCCUUCUACCAACGAGAGAUCCUGAAUGACGAGAGAUGUCCUGGCUUUCUAAUGGAAGCAGUGCGUGCCGCUAUAAAGAAACAGAGGAGCAUCAUUAAGACCAAAAUGCUGGGUUUACCGGAAGACGAAUGCAGCAGUGAUGAAGAGAAAGGAUCCUUGUUUGAGAAGAGAAAGGGUGAAGACUGCCCUGACAGCAAACCUCAUCAAAGUCGCAUCAGAAACCUCUUUGGCUACCUGAGCCGCUCGGGCAGCGAUAGGAGCAGCCAUCAGAUCAACAAUACUCAGUGGGAAAUCCUCAGCGCAGACGAGCAUGUACCUGAAGUAGAGAACGGACCUGGAGGCUCUUCCUGAGAACCGGGAUCUACCUUUAUUGCAACAUACAUUUACGGCAUAAAUUAACAGAAAAAUAACUAGCUAACUAAGAAACCUAAUUAGCUGGCUAGCUGAGACAGGACAAAUUGACAUGAUUUGUUCUAACAUAAGUUAGACAAAUGUUAAUUGGUUUAACAAAAUGGAGAAAAGAUACAUGUUUGCCUCAGAAGUUGUUUAUUAAAUUAAAAAAAUAAUACAUAAUAUAUACCAUAAACCUACUGUAUAUGUGAAAACAAAAUUAAUAUCUUAUAAAAGAGUUUAAUGUGCUAUUUUUAUGCAAAGAGAUUAUUUUAGUACAGUAUGAUCUUCAAACAAUCAGCAAAGAUAAUCACCCUUGUAUUCUUCUCUGCCAGCAGGGGGCAUUACACUGUUUUGUACUUUUUGGUGUUUUAGCCAACUCAUAAGACAUUUAGCUUGUUCUUUUGAAAUAUUUCAAUGUGAAGAUGCUAUUGUAUUAUAAUUACAAUCUCUUGUCAAUCAAGGGGAAAGGUAAAUCACUUGUUUGUAUAUAUAAGCAAUAAUUUGUCCAUUAGUGUUCAAGACAUCUUUCGUCAGGUAAAAUGUAUUCUUUUGGGUUAUUAUUCAUUUAACUACAGUAGAACCUGAAUAAAGGAUAAUAUUUUAUAUAGGAUGUAUUUUAUCUUUAUAAUUUUGUAUGUAAUACAAUUUAUCAGCUUGGUUUUAGAUAUACAGUAUGAGUUGCUAGUAAGGUGAAGAGCCCGUCGGUCAUGAACUAGGUAAACGACUGAAAUAUUUGUUGAACGACUAAAGAUUUAGUAUAUAAAUAGUAUAAUUUAGACAUAGCCUUUUUUUGUCAUUAGGGAAAAUCAGACAGAAUAGUCGGAUAGUGUUUAAAAAUGAAAAUACAAAGGCUAUGUCUGUCCUGUCUUUACCAGCUAUGACAUACUGUAGCACUUAUGAUUUGUUCAGAGUAACUGUUGUUUAUUUUUGUAUGGAUAUAAAGUACAUGUGUUUGAGAUAUACAUCAGAAUAAAUCUGAUUUAAUGAUUG